CCUAAAACCCCGGGUUGGUUAUUGCGAAGAGGAUGAACGACCGACAAAAAAGAAACCGGCGGUGGCGGAGUACUCGAUGUUGAUGCUCCCUCUUGAAUCCACAUCCCGUCUUCUUUCUCUCUGCCAUUGUUUCUCCGGAGGAUGAACCCACUCCGAAUCUACUACUACUGCACGUUCAUCUUUUCAAUCAACCGUCUUCUAAUUCAUCCAAUUUCAGGACAUCCUUUAGCUUCCUAAUCUCUCCAGGUAACUUCCCCACCCCCGCCAUUCCGACUUGACGCAUCUCUUUCGAUUUAUCAGCCAUGGAAGUCCCUCUCUAUCAAAACUAUGUUCAUGAUCACCUUCGACGUACUUCCCUCUCCAGCUCUACUUCCUACUUCUCCCAUCAUUUCUCCGGUUCCGAGCUUUUUCGGGACAGAUCUUUGCUGUCUGCGUAUUCUUUGUGGUCCAAUAGAAGAAAAUUGCGUAAUUCGUUUUGUUGGGUCAAGUGCUCUUCCUUGGAACAAGGGCUACGGCCACGACUCAAACCCAAGCCUUCGAAAGUCGAUCGCGACGUUCGUAAAGGAACGCCUUCGAAGGAGACCCGAAUUACAAAAUCCAGUGUACGGAUCUGUUGCCAUAUUGAGAAGUUGGUUCUGUGUAAUAAGUUCAGAGAUGCACUUGAGAUGUUUGAAAUUCUUGAGCUGGAGGGUGGUUAUGAUGUUGGUAAUAGCACAUUUGAUGCGUUGAUUAUUGCGUGUAUUGGCUUGAAAUCUAUAAGAGGGGCGAAGAGGUUGUGUGCUUACAUGAUUGAUAAUGGAAUUGAGCCUGAUCAAUAUAUUAUGAACAGGAUUCUACUUAUGCAUGUGAGAUGUGGGAUGAUGAUUGAUGCUUCUAAAUUGUUCGAUGAAAUGCCCGAGAGGAAUGCGGUUUCGUGGAAUACCAUAAUUUCCGGGUAUGUAGACUCUGGAAAUUAUAAAGAAGCGUUUAGGUUGUUCAUUAUGAUGUGGGAAGAGUAUCCUGGUUGCAGCCCUCGCACCUUUGCCACAGUGAUACGGGCAUCGGCUGGUUUGGAACUUAUUUUUCCUGGUAAGCAAUUACACUCGUGUGCAGUAAAGGCAGGCGUAGGACAGGACAUUUUUGUUUCCUGUGCGUUGAUUGACAUGUACAGCAAGUGUGGAGGCCUUGAAGACGCUCAUUGUGUCUUUGAUGAGAUGCCCGACAAGACAAUAGUUGGAUGGAAUUCAAUUAUAGCUGGUUACGCACUCCAUGGCCACAGUGAAGAAGCUCUGAAUCUAUAUUUUCAGAUGCGUGACUCUGGAGUUAAAAUCGACCAUUUCACCUUUUCGAUAAUUAUAAGGAUAUGUUCGAGAUUGGCCUCGGUAACACGCGCUAAGCAAGCGCACGCGAGUUUAGUUCGUAAUGGUUUUGGGUUAGAUGUAGUAGCUAAUACAGCACUUGUGGAUUUCUAUAGCAAAUGGGGAAAGGUAGAUGAUGCUAGACAUAUUUUUGACAGAAUGUCCUGUAAAAACUUGAUAUCAUGGAAUGCUUUGAUAGCUGGAUAUGGGAAUCACGGUCGAGGGGAGGAGGCCAUUGAGAUAUUUGAGAGAAUGCUUCGGGAAGGCAUGGUACCAAACCAUGUGACAUUUCUUGCUGUUCUAUCUGCAUGCAGCAUUUCAGGUUUAUUCGAACGUGGAUGGGAAAUUUUUCAAUCAAUGACUAGGGAUCAUAAGAUCAAACUGCGCGCUAUGCAUUACACGUGCAUGAUUGAAUUGCUAGGUCGAGAAGGGCUCCUAGAUGAAGCCUAUGCCCUUAUAAGGAAAGCUCCGUUUCAACCAACAGCAAAUAUGUGGGCUGCCUUGCUUAGAGCUUGUAGAGUUCAUGAAAAUCUAGAACUUGGAAAAUAUGCAGCUGAAAAACUUUACGGGAUGGAACCCGAGAAGCUUCGUAAUUAUAUAGUGCUUUUAAACAUAUAUAAAAGCUCUGGCAAGUUAAAGGAAGCAGCUGAUGUUGUUCGGACAUUGAAACGAAAGGGCUUGAGUAUGCUUCCAGCAUGUAGUUGGAUUGAAGUUAAACAUCAACCCCACGCAUUCCUCUCUGGGGAUAAACACCAUCCCGAAAUAGAAAAAGUCGUCGAAAAAGUGGACGAGUUAAUGUUAGAGAUCUCAAAGCUUGGUUAUGUUCCUGAACAGAACAUCUUGCUUCCAGAUGUAGAUCAUGAAGAAAAGAUACAGAUAUACCACAGUGAGAAAUUGGCCAUAGCUUAUGGACUUAUCAAUACUUUAAAACAAACGCCAUUACAAAUUGUGCAGGGCCAUCGCGUUUGUGGUGACUGCCAUUCUGUGAUUAAGCUGAUUGCUAUGAUAACCAAACGUGAAAUUGUGGUGAGAGAUGCUAGCAGAUUCCACCAUUUCAGAGAUGGGAGGUGUUCUUGUGGGGACUAUUGGUGAUUAAGGUAAACCCAUAUUGUUCUUUAUUUGUUUAAUUUUGUAGAAACGGGCAGCAUCUCUUCCAUUGAUAUAUACUAUUGUACAUUCUUUUUCAAGGAGCUUAUAAUGAAAUGAAUUCGUGACAUUCUGUUCUUAA